AUGACAAGUUAUUUAUCACCGUUACCAUUGUAUCCUUUUCCAGGAUCAAUUCGAAGACGUCGAAGUCACUCGUACGCCAACGUUCACGACACGUACGCUGAGGAAUGGACGCGCCCCCAGCCCCUCCUCCUCCACCCCCUUUACAGUCUACCUCGUCGCUUCUAUCAUCUAGCUGGAGGUCAUCAACCGAUAGUAACCGACAAGCACAUUCUACCGUAUCUGCGCCGCCCAAGCCCACCACUCCCCGGUUGGACGCUAAGACAUUACAGCACGCAGUCGCUGGCUUACGCAAGACCGAGUACGGUCGAUCGCUACAGGGUGACAUCGAGAAUUUAUCCAAUGGACGACUGGACGGAACGGAUCAACAAUUGUCUGGACGAUAUCGGUCGAACGGCUCGUUCGAUGUCCCGUUGGAAAGAAAUAAAACCGGAACAGCGUUUUAUGCUUCGUCCAAUGAUACCCGUGACCCUAUGCCGGUCGGGAACGUUCAUCGACACUCCGAUUCGCUAA